UCAAUUAUCCGCUGCUACCACCAAAUAAAAAAAAAGAAAUAAAUAAAUGGCGUCUCCAAUCAUCUUCGUCCUGCACCAUCGUCCUCCUCCUCCUCCUCCCGCGGCCCCGUCUCUCUCGUCUCGUCGAAGCAUUGUCGCAUCGAGAGUCAAUGUCGUGCUCCCGAGGAGAGGCGCGAAUCCCUGCCCCGUCUCCUCUCCCUCCUCCUCCUCCUCCUCCCUCCGACCACCACUACGUCUCCCACGCGCCCCCCUCACCUGCUUCUACAACGCUAAAGAAGAGAACCUGGAACCUGAGCCCACCGAAAAGGGGUCGGAUGCGGAUUGCCCUGUACUUCGGCGGUGGGAUGUGCCGUGGGAUUGGCCAACUGUUUCGCUCACUAUGCUCGCAUGUGCCGUAAGCUUUGUUCUGACAGGAUUGGUAGGGUCGUCGGUGUUACCGUAUCUGGGGUUGCAGGGCGGAGGAGCUACUUUAGAUGAGAUCGCGGAAAUACUCUUUGCUGGGCAAUUUUCUGUGACGGCAGUUGUUCUCGGAGUUAUCUUUGGCAUCACUAAUACCUUCCAGCCAUUCUCGGAUGACAUAUUUCGCUACGAUUUGAAGGAACCAUUCAAACUACAAAAUGGUUGGCUUCUAUGGGCCGUUAUUGGUCUCGUCGGUGCGCUAAUUGCUAUUUCUUUGGUCGGAGUGGUCUUGAACUCCUUAAAUGGUGGAAGUCCACAGAGAGAGACUGAUGCACUAAUCCGUUUGCUGCCACUGAUUGGCACUUCAAGUAUCAGCACUGCCUGUUUAGUGGGCAUUACUGGAGUUUUGGCGCCGGUUCUUGAGGAAACUGUAUUUCGAGGAUUUCUAAUGGUGUCCUUGACUAAGUGGUUUCCCACACCAGUCUCCAUCCUAAUCAGCGCUGCAAUUUUCGCAGUUGCUCAUCUCACCCCUGGAGAAUUUCCCCAGCUAUUUGUGCUAGGCACUGCUUUGGGGCUUACAUAUGCUCAAACUCGCAACCUUCUCACCCCAAUUACCACUCAUGCACUUUGGAACUCAGGGGUGAUCCUAUUGCUGACGUUUCUCCAGCUUCAAGGAUACGACAUCAAAGAGCUUCUGCAGGCAUCUUGAAGGCCUCUCAAGAGCUCAGCUCUUUCUGUUCCUUUAUAGGAAUAGAUUAUAGGAUAUUUUUGGAUUAUUUAUCCUCUUUUUUUUUGGCUUGUGGGUACACUUUAACACUGCACUUUCACUUUAUAAUCCCGUGUGAUUCGAAAGGUUACCGUUCAUUUUCACUUCACCACGCUAUGUUUCAAAAAGUUAUACUUAGUUUCGUUAUAUGUCACUGGAACUAUCGUUAAAUAGGAAACUGUUCUGUAGUUUUUUAAAAAAA